AUGCCUCGCCCUCGACGGCCUGGAGCCCCGGAGCCUAAACGCAGAAGCCGGAAUGGAUGCUGCGGUGAGGAAAAGCCGUCUUGUUUGAAUUGUCAACGACAAGACGAACACUGCGAUUACAGUUUCCGGCUUAAUUGGAGCGGCCGCUCAAAACGUCCGUCAAUUGACUCUUCGUUCGCGACUUCCAAUGGACUCAGAACCCCCCUCGUAGAGUUUUCGGGGGUCGUACGAUUUGAUGCUGCCGACGCAGGCGAUCGCUCAGCACCUGGGUUGUCAGGGAGGAGGGUGCCUCCAGAUGGUUUCAUCAACUUCAAGCCCGGGGAUUUCGGAUCUUUGGAAGACGCCUCACCAAGCAGCAACACGACACUCGGGACUUUGGACACCUCGACGCCUCAAUCCUCUUCCGGCAUCGGAUUGUCUCCAUCUCAAAGCGACGACCCGGCUAAAGCGUCAUCACAAGGCCGUCCGCCUAGCACAUCGGGUCUGUUUGGACUUGGGCGGCCACGUUCAUCGAAACAUGAAAUUUGCAGUCCAUCCGCUUCAUCUGCUGAUGAGAGGGCGGAUUUCCAGUCUUUACCUGCAUUUGUGUUUUCCUCCAAUCCGAUUUCUCAGCCAAUUUCUUUCCUUCGUGACUCAUCAGGUACGGGUCAGCAUUCAGAACUUCUAUCACAUUCCAGGGAGGUCAAUCGGCAGCAUAUUGACACAAGAGCCGCACCUCAUGAGGACCAUGGACUGAGUUUUCUGCUGAACGAUAUCGAUGAGCCCACACCCACUUUACACCUCAAUACUUCGUCGGGCCAUGAUGCGACUGCUACAGGAACUGUUGCGAUACGGUCUUUGUCAUUCGGCAAUAGAAAUCUUAGAGACCGGUUGUCUUCCACAAUGACUCCGUCGGACAGAGAUUCUAGACCUUCGCUUGACAAGAGCGAGGACUCAAAAAAUAACGAAGAAUCCAUUGCCGCCCGACACAAAUGGCAUGCAUAUCUCACCAGCGUGACUGACAAUUAUGGUUUCGACAACGGCCGUCCAGACCGUGAUUUGACCCUCAACAAUGACCAUGCUGCAAUUGACAUCAACUCUGCGAUUGAGGGAGCGUCACCGGCUUCUCAGUACAGCAAUUCUCUCGCUGUCAGAAAGCCCAAUUAUAGCGGAUACUACGCCUCUCCAGUGGCCAUAAACAUUCCGCGUUAUCUUUCUCCUCUUCCUCAAUCCCUUUUGAAAAAUCCGAUCAACCUAUUUCACCGAGCGCGUUAUCUUGGGCAUCCAGAACCAGCUAAUCGGAUCGCACAUUGGGUGAGCGAUGUAUUUCCGACGUUGCGGGUUGCUUUGGAAGCAUCGAAAGAGGACAUCACGGAUAGUCAUUUAGCUACUGCUAUUCUGCUAUUAUCGUUGAAGAUUGUCUCUCCUGCGACGUUCGAGGUGCCAAUUCCCUGGCAAAGCCAUCUCAAGCUGGCUCGAGACUUGUUCAUAGCCAGGAGCGAUCGCCUGGCAAAGCCUGGAAAUCAAAUCGGCGCCUUCUUUGCACGCUGGCUGGGGUACAUCGAUACCAUGGGUGCACUUUCUUGCCGCCAGGUAGGCCCACCAUUGAUGAUGUAUCACCAUGUCCUCGCGGAAAGUUGUCGCCCGCAGAACUACGACGAACACUGCGUCGAUUGCUUUACAGGAUUUAGCCCCCGAACUGGAUUUUUCUUGCUUCGGCUUGCUCAACUUGUUCAGCAGUGUGACAAUGAUCGCUUUGACGAGUUCGGAAAUUUCAAUCGAGACUGGCACCCCUCGGCAGAUAUGGUUAUGGAGGCAGAUGCGUUGCUUAGCGAUUUCGAUGACCUCGGCGAGUUGGUCCAUGCUGAUCCUACACAUCAUGUAGGGGCCGAGGCCGACGACAUGAUGUCUACAGAGCGAGCGUUUCGCUGUGCUGGCCUAGUUCACCUCCACCGGCGCGUGCUUGAGUCUUCGCCCGACUCAUUCCCUGUGCAGGAUGCUCUUCGUAGGCUUAUCUCUGCCCUGGACCGCAUGGGGCUCGGUACCUCCACUGAGGUCUGCUCUCUUUUACCCCUAUUUACCGCUGGGUGUGAAUCACGGGAUUCGGCGCAGCGUAUGAAAGUGCUGGACCGACUAUUAGAGCUCGAAAAAUCAGGACUGAAACAGAUGCAAAAUGCUCGCAGAUUGAUGCAACAUUGUUGGGAGAAAGAGCUGUUGUGGAUUGCUUUGGCAGAUGGACAGUUUUUAGGAUGA